AUGAUAUCAACUCUUGAUUUAAGAACAGCAUAUGAAAAUGUUGAUGCUGUACGUGAUUUUUGUCGAAAACUUAUGGCCAUUGCCCUCAUGCCUAUGGAUGAUGUUGAAGAUGCUUAUUUAGAAAACCAAGAAUGGAUUAGUGUCAUUGGUAAAGAAAUGUAUUCCGUUUACAAUCUUGCCUGGCUCACAAACAAUAAUUGUGAGUGUACAUUUGAAGUACUAUCAUGCCAAGAAGAGUUUUGUAAAGUACUCAAUGAUGCAGUAAAGACACUUGAAGAUACUGGUAGUCCAUUAGAAGCUGCCAGCUAUUAUCAGAAAAUAUCAAACAAGUUCGAUGUCGGACGUGAUAGAUCAAAAUAUGUAUUAAAAUGA